AGAUACCUUCUUGAGCCUGCUUGUGGCCACCCACAGACACUUGUAAGGAGGAGAGAAAUCAGCUUGGCAGAGACACUCUGAAAUGAGGGAUUAGGGGCCAGAAUCCAAGGAACGAGAGCUGCAGCCCGGAAGGCAAAGGAACAAGCCCUGAAGACACUUCUGCUGGGAGGUCCGCCAUGGCCUCUCUCGGCCUCCAACUUGUAGGCUACAUCCUAGGCCUCCUGGGGCUGUUGGGCACCCUGGUGGCCAUGCUGCUUCCCAGCUGGCGAACAAGCUCCUACGUUGGUACCAGCAUCGUGACGGCGGUCGGCUUCUCCAAGGGCCUCUGGAUGGAGUGCGCCACACACAGCACAGGCAUAACCCAGUGUGACAUCUACAGCACCCUCCUAGGCCUGCCUGCUGACAUCCAGGCUGCCCAGGCCAUGAUGGUGACAUCCAGUGCGAUCUCUUCGUUGGCCUGCAUUGUCUCUGUGGUGGGCAUGAGAUGCACUGUCUUCUGCCAGGACUCCCGAGCCAAAGACAGACUGGCGGUGGUGGGUGGAGUCUUCUUCAUCAUUGGAGGCCUCCUGGGCUUCAUCCCCGUUGCCUGGAACCUUCAUGGGAUCCUGCGGGACUUCUACUCCCCGCUGGUACCCGAUAGCAUGAAGUUCGAGAUUGGAGAAGCUCUCUACCUGGGCAUUAUUUCCUCCUUGUUCUCCCUGGUAGCUGGCAUCAUCCUCUGCUUUUCCUGCCCACUCCAGGGAAAUCGCUCCGACUACUAUGACUCCUACCAGGCCCAGCCCCUUGCAACUAGAGGCUCUCCAAGGCCGGGUCAACUGCCCAAAGCCAAGAGCGAGUUUAACUCCUACAGCCUGACAGGAGAGAGAGAGAGAGAAACUCAAGCACGCCCUGAGCCAAGCAUGGAGCUUGACUUGGGGCUCGAUCUCAAGACCCCCGAGAUCACCACCAGAGCAGAAACACUCAACUGACUGUGCCACCCAGGACCCCUGUGUCUUCUCUUGAAAGAUGCUAUCACUGCUCUGGGCAAAAGGGAAUGGAAGACCUCUUCAGAAAUGUUUUUUUAUUUUUCUUUUAGUUCUCUCUCUCACGAUCUGGUCUCUAUAGACUUCUCUUGACUGCAGUCUGUAAGUCUCAGUAUUUUAAAAUUGCAUACUAGGGAGCUUCCUUUUGAUAACAUUUGGAGUCUGUGGGAAAGAACAGCCAUAUUCCCUUUUGCCUUUGGCAGCCUUUCCAAUUAUCCAAACGAAAACUCAGCUUAAGAGAAACGCUAGGUCACUCCAGCUCAUGCAUUCUGAAGUGCUUUUUGUUUGUUUUUAUCUACCUAGCUCACACUGAUUUAGCCAACCCCUUCUAUGAAUGAAGUGCUGCUACAGGCUCUCGAGGGAGAUGGAAAUAUCGACAAGUUCCCAUCGUUAGCUCAUUCAUUAAGAAUUAUUGAUUACCUACUAUCAACCAGGUACUAUGCUAAGCUGGGGCAUAAAACAGCUGGCAAAUACCAGUGUGGCCCUUCCCCUCGUGGAACUUACUAGGCAAAGAGACACACAGACAUCGUGUGUGCUGUGUUCACCACUGUGUAUCACACAGGACAUAGUAGGUAGCCAGUAUUUGUUGAAUGACUGAAAGUAAACAGCCAGAUAGGUAACAGAAAAUUGUAAGAAUUGGAGAGGUGGGUGUUCUAGAAGAGCAAACAGUAUGGGUAAAAGCUCAGAGGUAAAUAAGAGCCUGACCUGUGUCAGUGGGAAGACCAUGGUGAGGAAGAGGAAAAGUGAGUAAUGAUGAAAAGUUGCAAGACACAAAGUAGACGAAGUAGAGAGGGUGGAUUUUUUAAAAGAUUUUAUUUAUUCAUGAGAGAGGCAGAGAGAGAAUCAGGCUUCCUGUGGGGAACCCAAUGCAGGACUCAAUCCCAGGAUCCCGGGAUUAUGGCCUGAGUCGAAGGCAGACGCUGAACCACUGAGCCACCCAAGGGCCCCAGGAGGGUGGGUUUUAUUCUAAGUGCAAUGAGAAGUCAUUGGAGGGCUUUCAGCAGGGAGUUAUGUCAUCUGAUUUGUGUGUGUGUGUGUGUGUGUUUUGUUGUUGUUGUUGUUGUUUUACAUCUGGCUAUUGUGAUAAGACAAUUGUGGGAAUGAGAGUGGAAGCAAAGACACCAGUUGGGAGCCACAAUUAUCUGCGGGAGUCACUGGUUGUUUGGACUAAGGUGGCUGUGGUAAAAGCCAGUGAAGUCAAGAUCUAUUUUGGCAACAGAACUGACAGAUUGGAUGUGGGGGACUACGAAAGAGGAAAACUAAGGAUGACUUCCAGGUUUCUAGCUUCUGUGACAGGUGGGUGGAGGUGCCAUUCUCUAAAAUGAGGAUAACUGCAGGAAGGAACUGUCCUGGGGCGUGUCACUGUUUUUAUUUAUUUUUUUAAAGAUUUUAUUUAUUUAUUUAUUCAUGAAACACACAGAGAGAGAAAAAGAGGCAGAGACACAGGCAGAGGCAGAAGCAGGCUCCAUGCAGGAAGCCCGAUGUGGGACUCGAUCCUGGGACUCCAGGAUCUUGCCCUGUGCCGAAGGCAGGCGCCAAACCCCUGAGCCACUCAGGGAUCCUUUUAUUUUUAUUUUUAAAUAUUUUAUUUAUUUAUGAGAGAGACAGAGAGAGACAGAGACACAGGCUGAGGGAGGAGAAGCAGGCUCCAUGCAAGGAGCCUGAUGUGGAACUUGAUCCCAGGAAUCCGGGAUCAUACCCUGAGCCAAAGGCAGAUGCCCAACUGCUGAGCCACCCAGGCGUCCCAUCACUGUUUAUUUUUAACAAAUUUUAUUUGAAAUGCCUGUGAGACAUGUAAAUGUAAAUGUCAAGUAGGCAGUUAGUUAUUUGAAUCUAGAGCUUUCUAAUAGGAAGACAGGACAAGGAAGUUUGCGAUAAAAGCCUUGUGAGUGACACAAAACUUACAUCUUCAAAGAAAACAUUAUGCCUGGCUGGGUUACUUGGGGGAAUUUGCGGGGUGGGGGAGGUUGACAUUCGAGCCAAAGGAAAGUUGACGAAGGAGAACAUUCCAGGUGAAGGGAACUGAAUAGCAAAGGUGGAGUAGAACAUCUCUGGGCAGGUUCAGAAACUGGGAAAAAAAAAAAAAAAGCUCAGCUAGGAUGGAAUGAGGUUUGUGCUUAUAAUGCUAAAAAGAGGAGUCUAGAGGGCACAGUGCCCGCCACAUGGGACUCUGUAUUGCUCUUGCUCUGGAAGCACCAGCGAGUCUUUGAGCAGAGGCACAGCCCUGAGGAGGUCAUCCAAAGCAGUUUCAUGACAGUCGAGUGGAUGGAAGGCACGAGAACAGGAGGAAAGGGAGGCCAGUGAUGAGCUGAUUUCCAUUUUACAGGCAUGAGAUGAUCAGGGCCUGAAGGCUGAUUGGGAAAAGGAAAAGUUAAAGGGUGAAUAGGAGGAAUGUUAGAAAGGACAAUUAUCAUUAUGUUAACCUAAGAGGAGAGCCAGGAGGAGGUGCCCACUUCUGGUUUCUGGGUGGCUUUUGCCUCCAUGCUGGACCAACUCUGGUAAGGCUGGGGGGCACUCUUUAAUCUAUCGUGGCAUUUAACACUGGUUAAAAGGUCCUCACGCUGGCGUGGUUUCACCGCAAAUAGGUAACAAAGGGGAAGCUCUGGAAUCGGCAUUGUAGUAAAUGGAGUCACACACGUAAACUGUUGCAGGAAGCAGCCCUCUGGGUUGGGCCUCGGAAAUGGGCGGGGAGUAAGUGCUCAUAAAGAGUGGUGACAUUUCUCCAACUUUUUUCUUUUU